AUGUUUGCUAAUUAUAUAGAAAAUGCAUUUUCUAGUUGUAUAGAAAAUAUGUUCAUGAAUCUUAUAGAAAAUAUGUUCACGAAUCAUACACUUACAAAUCAUACAUAUAAAAUACUUACAAAUCAAAUACUUAUAAACUGUGUAUGGGAUAACCUAAGUAAUAUAUUAACUAAUUAUGUAGACAAUAUAUUUACAAAUGGUAUAACACAAAUGAAUGCUUCUGAUACUAUAGUUGUUGAUAAGAAUACUAGAGUAAUUAAAUUUAAUUCUUAUGAAACAAUUCAAGAUACUACAAAUCUUAAUGAUACAGAUGAUAAAACUUUUUGUGAG